AUGAAGGACCGACUGGAACAGCUGAAAGCGGUAAGAGGGAAGUCGGAUCAAACUCCUGAUGAUGUGGAAAUUCCGGUGGAAAAUAAGGAGUUUAUGGACGAGUUCUUCGCUCAGAUUGAAGAAAUCCGCACCAGUAUAGACAAGAUUGAUGAAAAUGUAGGCGAGAUAAAGCGACUGUAUUCUGUCAUCCUCUCUGCACCUACAUCAGAGCAGAAGACGCAGGAUGAAUUGGAAGCAGUUACCAAUGAGAUAAAGAAACUGGCCAACAAUGCUCGCAACAAACUCAAAAGCAUUGAGCAGAGUUUGGCAUCUAACGCUGAAGAGAGGGUUUCAGCAGAUAUCCGGAUAAAGAAAUCUCAGCACGCAAUUCUUGCUAAGAGGUUUGUAGAAGUGAUGACCAAAUACAAUGAAGCACAAUUGGAGUUUAGAGAGAAGAGCAAAGGGCGCAUCCAAAGACAGCUGGAGAUCACUGGCAAAGCCACUACUGAUGAAGAGCUGGAGGAAAUGCUGGAUGGAGGAAACGCUGCAGUAUUUACAGCAGGAGUGAGUAUUAUGGACUCUGGGAUAUCAAAACAGGCCCUAAGUGAGAUUGAGGCACGACACAAAGAUAUUAUGCGGCUGGAGAGCAGUAUAAAAGAGUUGCACGACAUGUUUGUGGACAUUGCAGUGCUGGUAGAAAAUCAGGGAAGCAUGAUUGACAGGAUUGAGAGCAACAUGGAUCAGUCUGUGGGUUUUGUGGAAAGAGCCGUGGCUGACACUAAAAAGGCUGCCAAGUUUCAACAAGAAGCACGCAGGAAGAAAAUGAUGAUCAUGCUGUGUUGCACAAUUCUGGCAGUCAUCGGUGGUUCUCUGGUGUAUAGCUGGCUGACAUAA